GACCAUGGGGAAGCUGAUGGUUCUGACCCUGCUUGGGGCCGGCUUGGCCCUCAUCGGGGAGCGGUUAGUGGCCUUUAGACAAAGAAUUAAUACAUCUUGGGAAGUGGAGCCAGUAGAACCCCAGUACUGCCGCCUCAUUGAGGGACUUGAAAAUGGCUCUGAAGAUAUUGAUAUACUUCCUAGUGGGCUGGCUUUUAUCUCCAGCGGAUUGAAAUAUCCAGGCAUGCCAAACUUUGCACCAGAUGAGCCAGGACAGAUUUUCUUGAUAGAUCUGAAUGAGCAGAACCCAAGGGUCCAGGCACUAAACAUCAGUGAUGGUUUUGACAAAGCAUCGUUUAAUCCACAUGGAAUCAGUACUUUCACUGAUGAAGACCAUACUGUGUAUCUUUAUGUUGUGAAUCAUCCCCACAUGAGGUCCACGGUGGAGAAAUUUAAAUUUGAGGAAAAACAACGUUCUCUUGUACACCUGAAAACUAUAAAACAUGAACUUCUCAAAAGCCUGAAUGACAUUGUGGUUCUUGGACCAGAACAGUUUUAUGCCACAAGAGACCACUACUUUACCAACUUCUUCUUGGUACUAUUAGAGAUUAUCAUGGAUCUUCGUUGGACUUAUGUUGUUUUCUACAGUCCAGGAGAGGUCAAAGUGGUAGCUAAAGGAUUUAGUUCUGCCAAUGGGAUCACAGUCUCACUAGACAAAAAGUAUAUCUAUGCAGCUGAUGUAACUGCUCAGAACAUUCACGUACUGAAAAAACACGAGAACUGGGAUUUAACUCAAGUGAAGGUAAUACAUCUGGGCACCUUAGUGGAUAACUUAACUGUGGAUCCCGACACGGGAGAUAUUUGGGCAGGAUGCCAUCCUAAUGGCAUGAAGCUGCUGCUCUAUAACCCUGAGGAUCCUCCAGGGUCUGAAGUACUUCGCAUCAAGAAUGUUUUGUCUGAGAAGCCUAAAAUCAGCAUUGAGUAUGCCAAUAAUGGCUCUGUGAUUCAGGGAAGCUCCGUGGCUUCUGUGUACCACGGAAAACUGCUCAUAGGCACGGUAUUCCACAAAGCUCUGUACUGUUUGCUCUAGACUCCAGACAUUCCAAAAAGUCUUGUCAACCAGUGAAAGACAAAAUGGCAAGCAGCAAAAUAAA